AUGGGUGGCAAACACUCUAAAAUGGAUCCCAUGGACGUCGAAGUGCCCGAACUCCAAAAACAGCUGGAUCGAGAUUCCUAUUUAAAACCCUACGAAAGGGAAUUCAAACGCAGGUAUGCGUGUUUUUUGGAUUAUUUGGAAAGAGUAAAAGAUGAGUCAAAUUUAGAAUCGUUUACAACAGGUUACAAAACGUAUGGUCUUCAUUUUAAUAAUGAUGGAUCUGUGUAUUGCUUGGAAUGGGCUCCUGGAGCUAAACAGCUCUAUCUCACUGGUGAUUUCAAUAAUUGGAACAGAGAAAAUUAUCCCUACAAAAAACUGGAAUAUGGAAAAUGGGAAUUAACUAUACCACCAAACAGUGAUGGAACACCAGUUAUUAAACACUUAUCAGAAAUAAAGAUUGUAGUUGAAUCUCAUCACGGUGAAAGAAUGGAUCGUAUAUCACCUUGGGCAACUUAUGUAGUUCAACCACCCCGUGAAGAAGGAGUGACAUUCAAACAAAAAGUUUGGAAUCCAUCAGAUCACGUAUAUCAAUUUAAAUAUCCCAAAGUACCAAAACCAUCUAGUUUACGAAUAUAUGAAUGCCAUGUUGGGAUUGCCACAUCAGAAUACAAAGUUGGAUCUUACCAAGAAUUUAAAGAUAAUAUGUUAGAUCGUAUUCUGGAGUUAGGAUAUAAUACAAUUCAAAUAAUGGCCAUUAUGGAACAUGCAUACUAUGCUUCUUUUGGAUAUCAAGUGACAAGUUUUUAUGCAGCUUCAAGUCGCUUUGGAACACCAGAAGAUCUCAAAGAAUUAGUUGAUGUUGCACAUAGUAAAGGACUAUAUGUUAUGUUAGAUGUUGUACACUCUCACGCAUCAAAAAAUGUAUUAGAUGGUUUGAAUCAGUUUGAUAGUACAGAUGCUGGUUACUUUCAUAGCGGACCUAAUGGAAGUCAUCCCCUUUGGGACAGCAGACUUUUCAAUUAUUCUGAGUAUGAAGUGUUACGAUUUUUACUGUCAAAUUUGAGAUGGUAUAUUGAAGAAUAUAAUUUUGAUGGCUUCAGAUUUGAUGGUGUUACAUCUAUGCUUUACCAUUCUCGAGGUGCUGGUCAAGGGUUCAGUGGACAUUAUGAUGAAUAUUUUGGUCUUAAUGUUGAUUCUGAUGCAUUGAUUUACUUGAUGUUGGCAAACUACAUGCUUCAUACAUUCUACCCCAAUUGCAUAACUAUAGCUGAAGAUGUGUCUGGAAUGCCUUCAUCGUGUCGACCUGUAAGUGAAGGAGGACUUGGAUUUGAUUAUCGUCUAGGAAUGGCAAUACCUGAUAUGUGGAUAAAACUGCUGAAGGAGGUUAAAGAUGAUGAUUGGAAUAUGGGAGAUAUUGUUCAUACACUAACAAAUCGAAGGUGGAUGGAGAAAACAGUUUCCUACGCCGAAUCCCAUGACCAGGCUCUUGUUGGAGAUAAAACCGUUGCAUUUUGGUUAAUGGAUAAAGAAAUGUAUACACACAUGGCCGUCUCAAGUGAGCCGUCUUUAAUUAUUGAUCGUGGAAUAGCAUUACACAAAAUGAUUCGAUUGAUCACCAAUAGUCUUGGUGGUGAAGCAUAUUUAAAUUUUAUUGGUAAUGAAUUUGGCCAUCCUGAAUGGUUAGACUUCCCUCGUGACGGCAAUAAUAGUUCAUAUCACUAUGCCAGACGACAAUGGAAUUUAGUCGAUGAUGAAUCACUAAAAUAUAAGUUUUUAAACAAUUUUGAUAAAAGUAUGAAUCAUUUAGAAAAUACAUAUGGAUGGUUAAAUGACAAUCCUGGCUACGUGAGUUUAAAGCAUGAAGAUGAUAAAAUAAUUGCAUUUGAAAGAGGUGGCUUAUUGUUUGUAUUCAAUUUCCAUCCAACCAAGAGUUUUACAGAAUACAAAAUCGGUUUGAAUUUGUCAGGCUCGUUAAAAAUAGUUUUAAAUAGUGAUAAUUCAGAAUAUGGAGGACACAGUCGCAUUGAUAACAAUAUUACAUAUCCAACUAUCAAUGGCGAUUGGAGCGGUAGACAAAAUCAUAUUUUCCUAUAUUUACCAACAAGAACUGCACUAGUUUUUUCUACAUCAAAUUGA